UACCACGCAUGGCGCUCACACACCUUAACUCUUCGACAUAAUCUGACAACAAACUGUGGGAAUAAGCUACACUUAAUGAAAGAGGAUCUCUUGGAAAAGCAAAUCACGUGCAUUUGAAGAACUGAUGGAUUUGGACUAAAAGACAGUGAGUUGUUAGAAACAAAUGUAAUCGCUCUAGUAGGAUUAUGUGCCGGGCAGAUAUCUUGUUUUGACUUCCACUGAGCAGGGUUUUUGCUCAGACAGAGGACACUUCUGAACUGGGGAAGUACUCAUACUGUGCAUUCUGUGCAUCAAGUCUUUUAAGAGGCAUUUUUGAACAGUCUGUGACAAUGCCAGUGGUCAAAGUGGAGAAAGAUUCUCCAGCAGACACCACCUUGUCUGCCUCCAACCCUCCACCACAGACAGAGGAGCAGCCCAAAGGUCGGAGAAGAAAGAGACCUCUCCAGCGAGGGAAACCCCCUUACAGCUACAUUGCACUCAUUUCUAUGGCCAUAGCCAACUCCCCCGAUCGCAAGCUGACUUUGGGGGGCAUCUACAAAUUCAUCACAGAGCGCUUCCCUUUCUACAGGGACAAUUCAAAGAAAUGGCAGAACUCCAUCCGCCAUAAUUUAACUCUCAAUGAUUGCUUUAUCAAGAUCCCACGAGAGCCUGGGCGGCCAGGGAAGGGCAACUACUGGGCUUUAGACCCAAACGCAGAGGACAUGUUUGAGAGCGGCAGCUUCCUGAGGCGCAGGAAGAGGUUUAAGCGAUGUGACUUCAGCACUUACACCUCAUACGUCCACGAAACACCAGUUUUCUCUCCUGUCCAGAUUGCCAGAUCAGCCGCAUAUGCCAACUCAGUCUAUCCCAACAUGACACUCAGUCCAACCUACGGGCAGCAGCUGCCCUAUUACCCCUCUUCAUCGCCUCCUGGGUUUGGACCUGGUCAGUCCCGCAUGUUCAGCAUCAAUAACCUCAUAGGACACCCGACUCCAGCAAGCAUGCUGGGAGGUCAAGGGCCAGAGGUGAUGCAGCAGCCCAGCCGAAGCUUCAGUCCUGAGGGGGUUCCAAACGGAUCCAGUCCCUGCAGCCUGGGACCCCCAGCUUUUCAGAGCCAACCGUGCGGAGGGGCCCUAUCAUCUCGCCACUCCACACAUCCUGGGUUUACCUACUCCGGGCCAAACGGGCACCCACACCAUCAUACACACCAGGGCUCGUAUGGACAGGGCCACACCCAGGGGUAUGCAGCAACAGGACGCCUGCAUUCCUCAGCCCACGGGUCUGUGGAAUCCAUGGACCAUUACGGCAGGGUCUCCCCAGUGCAGUUGGGCUCUUUCUCCCAGUAUAACAGUGCUGCAGGUCCUACUGCCAACACUGGGGGUUACCUGAGGCACCCCACGUACCCAGGGAAUAUGGACAGGUUUGUGUCUGCCAUCUGAAUAGUAGAUCCAAGCAUCUCACUACCUUGCAAACAGAACAUCAGAGACUAGAGUCGGCACCAAGUGAGCCAGACAUUAUAACAAACACAAUUGUUUUUCUUUGUUCUGAGAUUUGUUAAGGACAAAACAAAAAAUUCCUCUGCUCACCACAUUAACCCUACAAUCCAUUUUCCGUAUUGAUGGUAAUUUACUUUGAGGUCCACGCUAUACAUUUGGAUUUCGAUGUCAAGUCUUCUUCACAACAUGUGACAAUGUAAAAUGAAUCUAAUGUUGUGUGUGGUUGCAACUAUUUUGUCAUGAAUUGAAUGUCCAAGUUUAAUAUUUACAUUACUGGUGAGUUGAAAUGUUAGUAUAAAUUAUUGUGCUUCAUGUUCAUACGCUUUACAAUAAGUGGCUUGUAUGAAGAACAUCAGCUUUAGUACAUUUGCAUGUAUUUUGUUGCCAAAUGCAUAUUAGGUUGCCUUUUGGAAAAUAAACAAACUUAUAGAGCA